AAAUCAAUAAGCAGCACAAACAACCUGAACCAACGCGAAUAACCUGAACCGUCCAGUUAAAAGCAUUAGGAGUAUCCCGUAUUUUUUUUAAUUGAAAAAUUCGAAACUGAAUUGCAAAAUCUAACCGAUUUCCGGUUUACGUGGCUGUCUUCACCUCUGAUAUGGGAUUGGCCGGGAAAUGGGGCCCGAUAGCGGCGGUGGCUGGGAUAGCGGUGACGGCGAAGGUCUUGAGCAAGCAGUUUGGAUGGGAGCUGAACAAAGACGCCGCUCUCGAUUGGUUCAGACAAAUGUCGGAUCGGCUCGGGUUCUGGGCGAUCCCGGUCUACGUCGGCCUCCACACCGUCACGCUCGCACUCUGCCUUCCAUACGCCAUCUUCUUCGAGGCCGGCGCUUCUAUCCUUUUCGGAUUCUUUCCCGCCGUCUUGUGCGUCUUCUCUGCCAAGCUUCUUGGCGCCUCUCUCUCUUUCUGGAUCGGCAGGCUUCUGUUUAUGAAAUCUAGCUCUGCCGUGAACUGGGCCCACAACAACAAAUACUUCAAUGUGCUCUCUAGGGGGCUCGAACGGGAUGGAUGGAGAUUUGUUCUUCUUGCUCGCUUCUCACCCAUACCCUCUUACAUUAUUAACUAUGCACUAGCCGCCACAAGAGUUAGGUUCGUUUUAGAUUUCCUUCUCCCAACUGCGGUUGGCUGCCUUCCUAUGAUCUUACAGAACACAUCCAUUGGAAGUCUUGCUGGUGCUGCUGUUGCUUCUGCAUCUGGUGGGUCCCAUAAAUCUCGUGUCUCGUCUUAUAUCUUUCCCAUUCUUGGUAUCUUGUCCAGCAUUCUCAUCUCAUUGAGGGUAAAAAAGUACUCCAAGGAUAUUGUUGCUGCUGAUGAAGGCAUUCCAAGCGAUGACAGGGACACCGAUAAAUCUGUCCGGUCUAGUGUAAUGACAGGUAGCACGAAAGUGAGCAGAAUCAAAGAAAGAGAUGAAAGAUGAGCCUUUUGACUUCACUACGUCGCUAAUCAUUCAGCGUUUUUUAAUUACUUUUUUUCAUUAUCAUAUGAUGAUUGCCAUAGGUUAGUUUGAAGCAAUUGUGCCAAGGAAAUUAGCAACACAGACCACGUCUUCCUUCUGUUUUCAUUUACCUUUUCUUUUGUGAGGAAUAUGGCGAUCUUCGUCCAUGUAUUUUAUAGACAUGCCAAUCAUUUUAGUCAUUUUCUUUAAACGUAAUCUCUCGGGGUAGAAUUUAGGUCCAUG